AUGAGGCGACUGAAUUGUGCAGUCCAGAACUAUGCCUGGGGCAAGAGGGGCAAGGACAGCAUGGUCUCCAAGCUCAAGAUGAUGGAGAACGAGGGCUUCGAGACUGAGGAGGACAAGACGUACGCCGAGCUGUGGAUGGGCACCCACCCCAACGGUCCCAGCCGGGUGAUGCCCGAACCUGGCGACUUCUCGGCGGGGGCGGAAGAAGGCCACGCCGGUAUCUUCCUCAUCGAGCUCUUGGAGACCCACCCGCACUACCUGGGUGACCUCCAGGAGCAGGGCGACCUGCCCUUCAUGUUCAAGGUCCUCUCCAUCAACAAGGCUCUGAGUAUUCAGGCCCACCCCGACAAGAAGCUCGCGGAGCGCCUGUACGCGACGCGGCCCGACCUGUACAAGGACGACAACCACAAGCCCGAGAUGGCCGUGGCGCUGUCGGACUUCGAGGGGCUCUGCGGCUUCCGGCCCUUCGAGGAGAUCGUGUUCAACCUUCACCGGUAUCCCGAGCUGCGCGGCCUCGUGAGCCUGUCGGCGAUGCGCGCCAUGUGCAGCCUCCCCGAAGACCCGGAAGACCAGCGCGACGCCCUCCGGAAGCUGUUCCAGUCGUACAUCACGGCCAAGCCCGAGGUCGGGGCGACGCAGGUUAACGCGCUCGUGCAGAGGCUGGGCGAGCGCGCGGACGACGGGGGCUUUAUGUCCGACGAGAGUCUCGACCACACGGACCAUGAGGAGAUCGACAUGGAGGACAUCUACGGCGCUGACUACGAACACCGGGAAAAGGGCGAGAUGAUGCUGGGGCGAUUGCGUACCGAAGACUACUACGUCCAGGACCUCAUGCGGCGUCUGUCGAAGGAAUACCCCGGGGACAUCGGCAUCAUGAUGCCGCUGCUCCUCAACUACCUGCGCAUGGGGGAGGGAGAGUCGUUCUUCAUGGCGGCUAACGAACCCCACGCCUACCUCAAGGGAGACAUCAUGGAGUGAGAACUACAUCCGGACGCCAGUGCUGCUCGAUUGACUUCUUCCCUUGCGUGGCCCUUGGGCGUGCAUUCGGGGAGGGUUGUCAUAUGGACUUGUGGGCUUUUUUUUUUUUUUUUUUGGUUUUGUUUCACGAUGGGGCCCAUAUGAAGAGAGAGGGGAGACUACAUCGGCGUGUGGAGAGUCCUGAUGAUGUGUCGUGUGCCAUGAUGUGGAGGGCGUUGGCCUUUUUAUGUUUUUUCUUGUUUUUUGUCUCUCCGUUCCUUCUUUUGUUUCUUGCCUCCGCUCUCUACGGUACAAUGCCCAGCUGUGUGUCUGCGUAAACGAUUCGUGCGCGAAACGGUGACAGCGGGUAUCGGGUGCUAUGGCUGCUGUGUGUGGGGGGGGGGGACGGAGGCAAUUGGGCCAAUCACCGGCGGGAAGAGACGAGUUCAGCGCAAUCGCUCCUUGUCCUUUCCUGUUUUCACGGUAUGCGCCAGACGUGGUGACGCUUUUUAGAGUAUGAUGCCCUGGAGGAGGGGUGGGGAUAGAUUGCGUGUGUACUUGUUUUCCUUUUUUUGCUCCCGCUACUUUGCGUUCGGGUUUGGCUCGACCUGACUCCUUCGGUGUCAUUCGCCGCGGAUUGCCCUUGCUGCAGGGGGGGGCACGCUGAUUGAACUGUGAUCGUAGUGAUGAGCGCCUGCCGUGCGGCCCGGUGCCCCCGAGCACUUGCUCGCGGCCGACUCGACUCACGAACCGCUCGCUUCAUGCGUCGGCGUUAUGGGCCGGCGUGCGUUGCGCUUGGCGUUCACUCUUGUGUGCACUAGUCGCUGCAUUCGCAGCGAGUAAUUUUAUGUCUGUGCUUCUAAUGUUGGCCUGUGCUAUAAGUAGUUGUUUUUCUCUCCUCCUUGUUACGAAACGUGCCUGGUCUGGUUACUCUUGAGAACAUUUGGCUACUGUGUUCUCUCGGUGUUUUUUUUUUUUUUGGGGAUGCCUGGCGGCGAAUAAGGGUAGCAAGUUCGGUUAUCCGCCUGUACAAAGAGGCGCUAUUAAAUCCACGGGGCCGGCCGUCAACUGUUUGCCUCGAGACGAUCAAGGUUCGGACUUUUUUGUGUGUAUACGCGAAGAUGGCGCUGUUUUAGCGGCGAGACGAUUGAGCUUUUUGGGGUGCGCGUGUGUACCCGAGAGCGUGUUCGCGUUUCCGUUACUUCGAGCCUGCCUCAAACACAAACGAGAAAUUCGCCGCGGCUAGUCUUUGCGUGUUUGGGGUGCGGCUUCCGGACUUUUUAGCAAACAGCGAUUCCGAAGACAUCUGCUGGACGUCCGUCCUUCCCGAGUAGACAGGAGCGCUUGUUUCCGCGCCAUUCCGGGCGUUGGUAGCGCUUGCUGUACGUACGUGCGAACCUCGAACAUUGUAGUGUGGAUUUGAUCCUCCCCCAAGUUUCAAAUUUUGCGGGUUUCUUGGUGGAACCAAGCAUGCCUGCCUGCCUGCCUGCCUUUCGUUGUGGCGGAACUACUGUACUUUCCGCUGCACCAGGGCAGCGAAGUAGAUUUUAUUCGGAAACGUUGUCGAUGGCUCUUGCUGCUCCGGAACCGGAACGGACGGUAUGGGUGGAUCAUUUGUUGUCUACCAGGCAGUAGCGGCACCCACACGGUUUUCGUUGGUUUGUGCUCUCUCUUACGGAGGCUGUUGUGCACUCGAGCGUUAUGGCACCGAUGUCGUUAGUAAGUUUUUUUUCGAUGUAUCGCCAAGCAUGAGGGAUUCCAUGGUUGAUUUUUGGCCACUCUCUCGCUAUAUAUACGUUUGAGUGAAAAUGAGUAUAUGAAUAGUUAACCGAUGUGUUUUCAUGCGU